CCCGUGCCUCGGGCCUUGUAACGGGACCCAGAGAGAUCUGCCCGCGCGCAAAGAGUGCCCCCUCGUAGUGCCCGACCCCAAGACGUCCGUGCCAGACUCCGCCGAACACUUUGUAGGUCCCUCCACACGUCUUCAGAGUUGUCAUCUUCGAACUGCCACCGUUCACUUUCAUCCACUCUCGCGGAGGAGCUCGCAGGCUUUUCUGAAAGUCGUGUGUUUGGUGAGGAGGCUGAGAUGCGGCUGCUGAACUCGCGCGAUCACGUCUUCCCCGGGAUUGGGCCGAGUAUAGAGCUGAUCUGAUCGACGGGGGUGGUUCUUCAUCUGGCUAGUGUGUGCGUUUGUUUUUCUUUUCCUUUCCUCGUGGGGACGCGUGCGGUGCAUUUGGGACGCGCUUCUCGACGCCGAUGAAGCGCAAGAGCCAGCACUGGCGCCAUGCGAGCCGCGGCCAUGACCACUGUGGAUACCUGGCGUGGUCAGCGCGUCCUGCUCCCGUCAACACGCUGAAGGGCGUCCGGUGGCGACGAACAUCACCCGUUCUUCUAGUAUUCGUAUUCACAUUUUCAGUCAUUUCCUUCGCCAAAGGUCUCAAAAUCAGUCCCAAGUCGUGCGAGAAUGCCAUCGGCCAGUACGGUACGUGCAUGUUCGUCUGGGAGUGCAUCAAGUUGGACGGCCAGCACCUGGGCACCUGCACGGACGGCUUCCUGUAUGGCUCCUGCUGUCAGUACGACGACAGCGAGAACAGCGUCGCCGGCGGCCUCUCGGCAGGCUCCUCUUCGGCCAGUCAGGCCCCUCAAUCUCCGCACAAGCCUCACCGGCCGGUUCCGGUCAGGCCCGCGGCUACCACCAGCUUCAACAGCGUCGCCGCGUCAUCCAGCAGCAGCAGCAGCUACCCGCAGCGGAACUUCACCCUCAUCUACCUGACGCCCACGUCAUCCUCACAGCGCCCGACAACCGUUAAGCCUACCGCUGCCAGCGUGACUCGUCCGGCUACGAAACCGAGCACGACGGCGACAAAACCGACGUCCACGCCACCGACUUCGAUGGCCACGGCUACAAGAUGGCCUCCCACGUUCAGGCCUCCGGGCAUAACGACCUUCUGGUCGCUGUUCAGGCCCAGGCCCACGCUGGUGCCCAUCAUCACCUUCCGGCCAACCAGAAGGCCGCCUUUCAGGCCUUCGCCAACGGCAGCGACGUCGACGACCACGACAACCACAACGACAACAGUGUCGACGAUGGCUACCCAGGCUGCCACGAGGCCAACGCCGUCGGCGCUGCAUAACGUGUACGGGAGACCGUCGACGACGCGAAGACCCGCGGCGACCCCGACCUCGAGUGCGCUGACAGCUGUGGCGUCGGUCACGGGCUCCAAGAAGCCUCCCCAGCCACCUGUGCAGCUGGUGAACAAAAGACCCAAAGGAGAAUGUGGAGUUCCUACGUUGCUGCCUCAAACCAAAGUGGUCGGUGGAAAAAGCUCAUCCUUCGGCGCCUGGCCCUGGCAGGUGUCGGUUAGGAGGACUUCAUUCUUCGGAUUUUCCAGCACCCACCGCUGUGGCGGCGCCAUUUUGAACCGCUACUGGAUCGCCACUGCGGGUCACUGCGUGGAUGAUCUGCUGCUCUCUCAGAUCCGCAUCCGCGUGGGCGAGUACGACUUCUCGAGCGUUCUGGAGCCGUACCCGUACGCCGAGCGGGGCGCCAAGAAGAAGGUGGUGCACCCCAAGUACAACUUCUUUACCUACGAGAACGACCUGGCCCUGGUGAGGGUGGACGAGCCACUCGAGUUCAUGCCCCACAUCGCGCCCAUCUGCCUGCCGCCGGACAACGAAUCCGACGACCUCAUCGGACGUAACGCCACCGUCACCGGCUGGGGACGUCUGAGCGAAGGUGGAGUACUGCCUUCGGUGCUCCAGGAAGUGAAGGUUCCUAUCGUGAGCAACGAGAAGUGCAAAAACAUGUUCCUCGCUGCUGGAAGGCACGAGUACAUCCCGAACAUCUUCAUGUGCGCCGGCUUUGAAGAAGGAGGCAGAGACUCCUGCCAGGGUGAUUCCGGUGGGCCUCUGCAAAUACAAUCCAAGGACGGCCGUUGGUUUCUAGCCGGCAUCAUAUCUUGGGGCAUCGGCUGCGCCGAACCGAACCUUCCUGGAGUCUGCACAAGGAUUUCUAGGUUCAAGGAUUGGAUCAUCAAGAGCACAGCCUAACGACACAACGUACUCUAA